CAUUCGAAAACGCUCACUUGCUUUUGCCAUCACGCGUGGCUCUUAUAAAGAUAUGGAGAAUGACCUCUCAUUCUUGGAAACUUUGGAUGCCGAAGAAGCAACAGCUGUCGAUAAUAUUUUUAACAACUUCAAUGAGAAUGACCUCCAAACCCUGAUUGGACGAAUGAGACUAGACGUCGGUCAAUUCGCAGCGAUAUCAAGCCAUGGACGUGCUAUGAUACGAAUAUUAUUAUAUUUGAACGUGAUCACCCUAAUUCUUUUCAACAACUAUUGGUCUGCAUUUCCAGUAAAUGAGGAAGAGGCUGCUAGCGGUAUUACAGCCAUAUUACAUAUCAUGGUUCAGGCCAGAGGAGAGCAUCUGUUCAUAAGGAGGUGGAGUCGAUUGAGUUAUAACAGUGCUCUAUGGAUCAAGACUUUACACACUACUGCAGACGUGCCCAACCCGACGUUACAAGAAACUGGGAGUGUUCGAAGAUAA